CGACCAGGUAUAUCUUCCUGAACAAGAAUUGUUAAAUGAGUAUAUCUUAAAUGACAAGGGUAGAAUCUAUACUGGAGAAAAACACGAAAUACAUGGACAAAAAUGGAACUUUGGACAGAUAGAAAUGUAACUCUCUGGUCUGCUAGGGGCGAUCCAGUCAAAAUGUCAAGAAAAAUAUCAGCAGUGGUUAACAAAGCAGACGAAAAUGGUGUUCUAGUCGGUAACUGGACAGAUAACUUCGACGGCGGAAAGACACCUUGGCAUUGGGUUGGAAGUAUUGCCAUCUUGCAAGAAUAUUAUCAAACCAAAGAGCCUGUGUGUUUCGGACAAUGCUGGGUUUUCUCUGGUGUUACUACAACUCUUUGUAGAACCCUGGGUAUACCAGUUAGAAGUGUGACAAAUUUCAAAUCUGCACAUGACAAUGAUGGUUCUAUUUCUAUUGACACUUUCGUUGAUGUAUCCGGAGAACCAAUAGAAGAUCUAAUUACAGAAAAGGUUUGGAAUUUCCAUGUUUGGAACGAUGUAUGGAUGGCAAGACCAGAUCUGCCAAAAGGCUACGGCGGAUGGCAAGCUAUAGAUGGUACAGAACAAGAAGCCAGUGAUGGUAUUUAUCGAUGUGGACCUGCACCAUUAGCGGCAAUCAAAAGCGGCGAGGUCUACCUUCCCUAUGAUACACCAUUUAUCUUCGCUGAGUUGAACGCUGACAGAAUAAAAUGGAAAAUGGAUGAAUUUGGGGAUGUCACAAAAAUUAAGCUAAGCAAAAAUAGCAUAGGCAUACGAAUUAGUACAAAACUCCCAAUAGGGAAACCAGUGGGAAAAAAGGAAUAUUUCUGCGAUGAUAGGUAUCGUGAAGAUGUAACCAAUCAGUACAAACAUCCAGAAGGUUCGAUUGAAGAAAGAACAGCUGUCAUAAACGCCAAUCAAGUAUCUACUAGGAAAGGUAUCUACCAUGAAGAAGGCAAACCUAUGGAUGUACAAUUUGAAUUGCUGAAGAAAGAAACAGAUCCAUAUGGCAAAGAUUUUGAGAUUAGCUUGAAGAUUACCAAUAAUAGCAGCGAGACACGGACCUUUUCUGGUUGUAUACAUACAAGUAGUAUGUUCUAUACCGGGAUUACAGCUAAACGUGUGAAAAAAUUAGUUAUUGAAAAAAAGAAAAUAGGAGCUAAUAAAAGUAAAGAAUUGAGUCUGAAGGUGACAUUUGAUGAAUACUAUAACAAGCUGGUUGAUCAGUGUCAUAUGGAAAUGUCAUGCAUGUGUCAAGUCCUCGAGACGAACCAAACGUAUGUCGAUCAAGAUACAUUCCGCCUGAUCAAACCAGACCUUACGAUCAAGAUACCAGACAACGGAAAGAUUGGCAAAAUGAUGAAAGCAGAAGUAUCAUUUACAAACCCACUUCCAUGUGCUCUGACUGAUUGCGAAUUAACGGUCGAAGGUAUUGGCUUAACAAAAACCCAAGUACUUCCUCAAAGUAUUGUACCUAGCAAUCAAGUGUUUAUGGCAACAGUCGAUUGUUUGCCUACAAAGGCUGGCCUUAGAGAGUUAAUUGGCUCCUUUAAUUCGAGGGAGUUGGCAAUGGUUGACGGUUCGUGCGAAAUAAUGAUCAGUAAAUAAUGUACAUUUUUUAUCAUUAUAUGUAUUCCUUCCUUUUUUUUGUAGUUUUCGUAAUAAUAUUAAUUUGGUGAUUUUAUGUUAUAGUUUCUAGUUGUUUUGAAAUUGCAUCCAUAACAAUAUAGGGCAAACUAUCAAAGUGUGUAAGAAAUUUAAGGUUAGAUCAAAAGACUAUUUUGGUUUGACAGUAGCAGCUUAAUCAACUGUUACUUUACUUUGCUAAAUGGACAGCAAAUAAACACAAACAUUAAAGUUUUACCUAUAUGUAUACUAUUGUCUCUACAUAUUAUUUAUAUUUUUGGAAUUCAUAAAUACAUUAUCUUA